AUAUAUAUAUAUAUAUAUAUGCAUGUAUACAUGUACAUAGUUAACUAGAAGUUUACAAAAGGAAAUUAUCCAUGCCAGACGAUCAAACAAAAAUAAUUAUGGCAUAUAUGCCAAAAGAUAUGGAGAAUAAUGCUAUUAAUUGGUUUACUGAAGCUUAUUCAACUUAUACAACAUUUAAAGAUAUGGCUGAUUAUUUAAAACAAAAAUUUGAUCAUAUUUAUGGACGUAAUUGGCAAUGUGUAAUUGGACGUGAUUUUGAAAGCUCAAUUACUCAUUUGGAUAAUAAUCUCAUCUAUUUUUAUUCAAAAAGUUUGGAGAUUCUAUUAUUUAAAACGGCUUAUUAAUGAAAUUGAAUGAAAGCGGUUAAUUAUCUAAUGAAAAUUCAAUUUCUUUGUUUACUGUUGUCAUGGUUAUAUUCCUUCAUAUUAUUUUGAAUUGAGUUAUGUGUACA